AUGUCCAGUUCCAAGACAAACAAGGAUAUAUUCACUCUUUUUGAUAAGAAGGGCCAGGGAACCAUAUCGAAGCAUCUGUUUGGUGACUAUCUGAGGGCGAUUGGCUACAAUCCGACAAACCAGUUGACCGAGGAGAUACUUUCGCGUGGUAAUGCCCCUGAGCAGCUGACAUUAGAGGCGAUUAGCGGGCUGAUCGAGCAGAACCAGGCGGAACUGGACGCCACGACAACGGGAAAAGUAGAGGACUUCAUAAAGGCGUUCCAGGUGUUCGACAAGGAGAACAGUGGUAGGGUCUCUGUCGGCGACAUCAGAUACAUGUUGACGUCGUUGGGGGAGAGGCUGUCGGACGAAGAGGUCGACGAGCUGUUGAAGGGCGUGGAAGUCGAUGGCAACGGCGGUGUAGAUUACAAGAAAUUUAUUGAAGAUAUAUUGAGACAGUAG